AUGGAGACGGUCCUCAAGCUGAGGGAGUCCCUCUGCUCUGAGGAUACCCCUCUCCCCAUCCGUUUCCGUGCUCUCUUCUCUCUCAAGCACGUGGCAGUGACCCAGAUCAACCCUGAGGACGUCAAGGUUGCCGCUAUCGAGGCCAUCGCGGCUGGUUUCACCUCACCAUCUGCCCUUCUGAAGCACGAGCUUGCCUACUGUCUCGGCCAGACAUGCAACACUGCUGCCGUCAAGCCUCUCCGUGAGGUUCUCGCCGAUCUCAAGGAGGAUCCCAUGUGCCGUCAUGAGGCUGCCGAGGCCCUGGGUGCUCUGGGCUGGGCUGACAACCUGGACAUCCUCCGAGAGUACCGCGACCGCAAGGGGGAGGAUAUUAGCAUUGUUGAGACGUGCGAGAUCGCCAUUGAGCGCGUUGAGUGGGAGAACUCGGAGGAACGACAAAAGGAGAAGCUGCGCCCAAGUGCCUUUUCUUCUAUCGACCCUGCGCCCCCAAUGCCCGAAACCGACAAGAAGGCCGAGGUCGCGGAGCUCGGCCGAAAGCUCAUGGACACGAAGGCGCCUCUGUUCAUCCGAUACCGUGCCAUGUUUGCCCUUCGCGAUCUUGCCUCCCCUCCCGAUCUGCCUACAGCAGUUCCUGCCGUGCUUGAGCUUGCCAAGGGCUUCGCCGAUUCGUCGGCGUUGUUCCGUCAUGAGAUUGCCUUUGUUUUUGGCCAGCUGUCGCACCCUGCUUCCAUCCCCUCCCUCACUGCUGCGCUGAGCGAUGUCAACGAGGCUAGCAUGGUUCGGCACGAGGCGGCUGAGGCGCUGGGUAGCCUUGGUGACGAGGAGGGCGUCGAGGAUACCCUGAGGCGGUUCCUCCACGACAAGGAAAAGGUGGUUCGAGAGAGUGUCAUCGUCGCGCUCGAUAUCGCCGAUUACGAAAAGGGUGGAGAGACGGAGUAUGCUUUGAUUCCCGAGGUCGGAGGAGCUGCUGCAUGA